AUGGAGCUGCUAGGCCGUGAUGCGAACCUCUCGUGCGAUGCAUGCCGCAUCAAGAAGCUCAAGUGCUCCAAAGACCGCCCUAGCUGCACGGCAUGCAUACAGAACCGCCGGCCCUGCCAUUACAGCGGCAGGGUCGUACGGUCGCCCCUCACUCGAGCAUACCUCACCUCGGUGGAGCGCCGUCUGCAAAGUCUGGAGAAGCUAGUUGCUGAGAAGUUGCCUGACCUUAAUGUCGACGAAGCGUUGACGACUGUCGGCAGCCCGCGCAUAGAGGCGCAGGCGAGCGCAUCGCCAAAUGAGCCCAGGGAGUCCUUUGCCGAAGCCGUCCCCGAUGCCGCGGACGGCUACGACUGGCAGGAGGACGCCAACGAGCUCGUCGACGGCAUGGCCGCGCUGUCCGUCGAACCGACCGGAGCGGGCUAUCUCGGGUCCACCGCCGGCGUCUUCUUCCUCCGUGCCCUCCUCGCCUGGGUGGAUGGCCAGAGGUCUCAUCUCGAGCCCCGGCCCGGCGCGUCUCCGCCCAGCCGCCCCACGCCGACGCCGUCGCACAUCCAGCGGUCCCUCGACUCGGGCCAGGUGCUGAACCAGCUGCUGGACUCGUACUUCUCCGUGUACCACUCGUCGUACCCCUUUGUGCACGAGGCGACCUUUAUGGCGCAGUACCACCAGCUGAUCCCGCGCCCCAGCACCGCAUCCUGGCAGGCGCUGCUCCACACGAUCCUGGCCCUGGGAGCGUGGUGCAUGAACAGCGAGGACUGCGAGCUCGAGGACGCCCUGUACCAUCGCGCCAUCUCGUUCCGCGAGGACGAGUCGCUGUUUGAGAGCGCCAACAUGACGCUCGUGCAGGCGCUGGUGCUGCUGAGCAACCUGAGCCAGAAGCGCAACAAGCCCAACACGGGCGGCAACCUGCUCGGGCUGGCCGUGCGCAUGGCUCUCAGCCUCGGCCUGCACAGGGAGCUGCCGGCCUGGAACAUCAGCCACCUGCAGCGGGAGAUGCGCCGGCGCGUGUGGUGGGGCCUGUACAUGUUUGACAGCGGCGCCUCGACGACGUUUGGCCGGCCGAUCCUGCUGCCCGCGGGCGACGCCAUGGACGUCAAGAGCGUGCUCAACGUCAACGACGAGCAGCUCACGCCGCGGACCGUCGAGAUGCCCGACGAGUCGGCCCUGCCCACGCGCUACUCGGGCAUCAAGGCGCAGUGCGACUUUCACGUCCACUCGAACCACAUCUCCAACCGCCUGCUGUCUCCGUGCGGCGUGUCGCCGGAGGAGGCCAUGCGCCUGAACCAGUCGCUCGAGUCGUGGGCGCAGACGCUCCCCGGCUACUUUGCCUUUAGCGGCGAGCCGGCGGCCGCGGACGACUGGUACCUGUUCACCCGGGCGCGGCUGUGGUGGCGCUUCUGGAACCUGCAGAUCAUCCUCUUCCGCCAGCUGGUGCUGCGCCGGGCCAUGAAGCGCACGCAGGACUCGACCCUGGCCGCGACGGACGUCGACAAUCGCUGCAGGGACGUUGCCGUGCAUGCGGCCAGCGCGACCAUUGUGUCGAUCCAUGAGUUUCUCGGUCAGGUGCAGAUGACGAGGCUCAUCAACUGGUACGCGACAAACUUUUUGUUCCACGCCGCCCUCAUCAGCGCGCUCGCGAUCCUUGGCGACCCGCAGGCGCCCGGGCUGGCGUCGUGGCAGGCCGACGUGGAAAAGGCGAGCUUCACCUUCCGCAACCUGCUGUCAGACAACCCGCUCGCGGCGCGGUGCGCCGACAUCCUCAGCCACGUGCUGCCGCAGGACGACGUGAGCGCCGUGUUCCCAGAAGAGCUCGACAUGUCCUGGAUGGACCCGGACGUCUUCAACUCGCUCUGCUGGACUGAUUUCGGACAGGUGUGA